GGGGUUUCAUGAGGGCACAGGACUUAGUCUCAUUCUGUUCUGGGCGUCAGCGAUUACAAGCCCUGUAUACACUCUUUUUUUAAUUUUUUUAUUUUGCUUUCUUUUGACUUCUUUGGAUUUAUUACCAUUCAUGCUAAACACCUGGCCAUGAAGUGGAAUCUGGUCAUCUCAUUGUUCCUGUUGUCUUUUGGACAGCUGUCAUGGGGUCACGAGGGCAUGGUCAUCCCUGAGUACGAUGGAAAGGAUCGUGUUCAUAACCUUAACGUUAAGAAUUAUAAAUCUGUCAUGAGAAAGUAUGAUGUAAUGGUAGUGUACUACCAUGAGCACGUCGGGUCCAGCAGAGUCUCGCAGAAGCAGUUUGAGAUUGAGGAGCUGGCUCUGGAGCUUGCUGCCCAAGUUCUAGAGGACCUUGAUGAUGAAGAUAUUGGAUUUGGCUUACUUGAUGAGAAGAAAGGCAGGGAUGUCGCCAGGAAAUUAGGUCUGGAGGAGUCUGACAGUAUCUAUGUCUUUAUUGAGGAUGAAGUAAUUGAGUAUGAUGGAGAACUUGCUGCAGACACAUUGGUGGAGUUCAUCUAUGAUGUAAUAGACGAGCCAGUCGAGAUCAUUGAUAAUGCCAAUGAAUUGAAGGGCUUCAAAAGUCUUGAAGAGGACAUGAAAUUAGUCGGGUACUUUAAGAAUGUGAGGUCUGAACCCUAUAUGGUGUUCAAGGAUACAGCAGAAGAGUUCCAUCCUCACGUAAAGUUCUUUGCCACCUUUAGUUCAAAGAUUGCUAAGAGUCUAAAUCUAGACAUGAAUGAUGUGGACUUCUAUGAGCCCUUCAUACACAGUCCUUUCAGUGUCCCUGGAAAACCCUACUCUGAGGAGGAUCUGGUCAACUUUAUCGAGGACAAUAUUAGACCAACCCUGCGGAAGCUGAAGCCACACAACAUGUAUGAGAUCUGGGAAGAUGAUAUAGAUGGAGAGCACAUCAUUGCUUUUGCUGAGGAAGAUGAUCCAGAUGGAUUUGAGUUCUUGGAGAUCCUAAAGGAGGUAGCAGAGGAUAAUUCAGCCAAUCCAAACCUCAGCAUCAUCUGGAUUGACCCUGAUCAGUUCCCCCUGCUUGUCCCCUACUGGGAGAAGACCUUUGACAUUGACCUGUCCUCACCUCAGAUUGGUGUGGUGGAUGUUGAAGAUGCUGACAGUAUAUGGCUGGAGAUGGACGACCAUGAUGACAUGCCAACACCUGAUGAGCUGGAGGACUGGCUGAUGGAUGUUCUGGAGAAUGAAAUUGACCCUGAUCAUGACGAUGAGGAUGAGGAGGAGGAGGAGGAUGAUGAUGAUGAUGAAGACGACGAUGAUGACGACGAUGAUGACGACGACGAUGACGGCGAUGAUGAAGACGACGACGACGAUGAUGAUGACGAUGAUGAUGACGAUGAUGAUGAUGAUGAUGAUUAGUCCAGUGACUAUGAUGGUGAACUUGACAAAAAAAACAACAAACUAAAAUACAGUAUAAGCAUUUCUACCCACUGUCCAAGAUUGAUCAGAAGGCUGUUUAAUGACCUAUGUAUCAUUUUUUAUCAUUUGAAAUAAUGGUGCUUUCCUGAAACUGAAAUUUCUCAUAUUUUUACCAUCCCACAGUCAAUAGUAUCCUAAAAGUAGGGCUGGGACCACUUAUCAGUUAACAAAAUCUAUUGAUGAUGGCCCUAAAAUGUAUCAUUUUUUCUUUACAUUUUGUGAAGUUCUGUGCACCGAUCCGUGAUCUAAAACUCCAGGCCUGGUUUUACUUCAUUUACACACACUACAUUGAGUUCUCCUGAGUAACUGUUGUUUAAUGUUUAGUCAUUGUGAAGUCUUUUCACAAGAGUUGAUUUUCACAGAUUAAAUGCACUGAGACCUUCACAUCUAGUCUGAUGUACGUUUUUAUUUAAAGUCAAGAAUGCAUGAAGAAGAUGCAGAGGACAAUGUUAAUGUCUGCAUUUUCAAGACUUGACAUGCCAUUUUUUGGCUUUGAAACCUGGACUUGGUGUGAAAAGGCCUUUAGGCAUUAUGUCCCCUCUAGACAAUGUCUAUGUCAUAGAUACAGAAUAUGUAACUAACUAUUGUCCCAGCCAUCCCUACAAUGUAUAGCUCUAUAACAUUGAAACUAUUCUGAUUUACCUUUGUGGUAUUCCAUAAUAAUAAUAACAUAAUAAUAAUAAUAAUAAUAAUAAUGAGUUUGAAUUUGUACAGCCCCUUCCUCAAACUCAAGGCCAAAACCAGACAAAGAUGGGUUCCCCUUGUCUCCUCUCAGUGAGUCUGGAUCCAGGAUUCUGUAAAGCUGCUGACAACGUCUGUUGCAAAAAUUGCUACUCAAAUAAAAUUUAUUCGAAAGCA